GGGCGCAGGGCCCGUGGCUGGGGUGCUGUGCGCGUGCGCGUGCGCGGCGCCGCUGUCUGUAGGUUGGCUGGUUAUUUUGCAAACGGGAGGGGCCGUGCGCGCUCCUUCCUCUGGCCUCUGUCCCCCACCCCCCCUUCCCCGGUCCCAGUCUCUCCUUCGGAAAGAUGUCGGACACGGCAGUAGCUGACACUAGGCGCCUUAACUCGAAGCCACAAGACCUGACUGAUGCUUAUGGGCCGCCAAGUAACUUCCUGGAGAUCGACAUCUUUAAUCCACAGACGGUGGGCGUGGGCCGUGCGCGCUUCACCACCUAUGAGGUUCGCAUGCGGACAAACCUACCUAUCUUCAAGCUGAAAGAGUCCUGUGUACGGAGGCGCUACAGUGACUUUGAGUGGCUGAAAAAUGAGCUGGAGCGCGAUAGUAAGAUUGUAGUACCACCACUGCCUGGGAAAGCCUUGAAGCGGCAGCUCCCUUUCCGAGGAGAUGAAGGAAUCUUUGAGGAAUCUUUCAUUGAAGAAAGGAGGCAGGGCCUCGAACAGUUCAUUAACAAAAUUGCUGGGCACCCACUGGCUCAGAACGAACGCUGCCUACACAUGUUCCUACAGGAGGAGGCAAUUGACAGGAACUACGUCCCAGGGAAGGUGCGCCAGUAGGAGUCCCUCUCACCACUUGCCCUCUACUUUCCUGCUGAAAUGACAUUGGUUUUUACACUAAGCCUCUCUCUCUCUCUCUUUGAUCUGAAGUUGGCUGCCCAUGCCCUGGUCUGAUAGACUGUCUGGCAUUGUGCCCCUUGGUACCUGACUACACCAUGUGGGUCCUCUGCUAGGAUUCUUAUCUCUGAGGAGAAGUGGGAAACCACAGGCAGAUGCCCUUUGGU